UUAUGCUUGUCAGAACUGAAAUAAAAUGGCGUUAUGUGCUCUUAAAAACACGAAGUGUCCAUAACCUCAAAGUUUAAGGUUUAAACAAUAUAAAUUAAACGACUUAAGUAAAAUGCAAAACGAUUGUAUUUUGCAAAUGUAUAAUCAUACGUAGUUUAUAAGUGUAGUGAUUUAAACUUUUACAAAAUGGCCUGUUCUACAGAACCUAUAAUAACUUCUGGAGAUUUGAAUAUCUCACCUUUUGAUGGCAUGAGAAUAAGUGAUAACUGUUUUUUGAAAGAUAUGGAAGGACGACAACCGUGCCCAAAGUGUUACAAAUCCAGAAAAUUCUUUUGCUAUACAUGUUACGUGCCUAUUGUAAAAUUAGAGGGCAGGCUUCCUCAUGUCAAACUUCCUGUUAAGGUAAACAUAAUAAAACACCGACGAGAAAUAGAUGGCAAAAGCACUGCAGCACAUGCAGCUAUUUUAGCUCCUGAUGAUGUGGAAGUUUUUACCUACCCUAACAUCCCUAACUAUGAUAUUCAAACUACAGUAUUAGUGUACCCCAGUUAUAAAGCCUCCUUAGUUUCACAACUAUUUAAAGAACAUUUAAGUGUUGAUUUAACAACUCUGAAUGACAAUAAGAGGGCAGCAGUUAUUUCUUUAGCAAAGGGUUUUAAUCGAACAACGCUGUUAAUGAAAGCAACUGAAAACUUACAAAACAUCAAUUGCAAAAACAGUGGUAAGUUGCCAGUGAAAACAGUUGUUUUCAUUGAUAGUACUUGGAGUCAAAGUAAAGGAAUUUAUAAGGAUGAAAGAAUCAAAAGCUUACCUUGUGUUGUUUUGCAAAAUCGCGUUUCGCAGUUUUGGAGGCACCAAAAAGGCAGUCCAAGAUGGUACUUGGCAACUAUUGAAGCUGUUCAUCAGUUCCUAGUUGAAAUACAUUUAAACAUGUGGGGAGUGAACCAGGAAUAUGAAGGACUCAAGAGCUGUUUCCAAUCUAAAGUGUUGGAGAAUUCAACAAAUAUUUUUAAGGAUAAAAGAGACAAGCUGGCUUACAAUGGCCAGUAUGACGAUUUGUUAUUUUUUUUUAAGUAUAUGUACCAACUCAUACAUAAAUAUUAUGAACAUCAAAUGCUGUAUGCUUAUAAAAGAAGGUUGUUAUGACAUUAAAAAAGUAGAGAUUAAAAUUUUUUUAUACCGUA